AUGAAGGAUUACGAAAUCUUGAAAAACUAUUGCAAGAAAAUCUUCUUAUUUGGUUCAGGUAACUACUGGUACGAAGAUGGAGCCAUAGGAGACGAUAGCAGCUGGUAUUACCAGCUUUAUCUUUGGUCACUGAUUUUUAUUUAUGUUUUUAUGACCAUUUUCGAGACAAUGGCCGUGACGAUUGGUGACUACCCCGAAAAUGAGACAGGGGAUGCAAUAACUUUUUCUGUAAGCCACACCAUCGUCUUGCUGAAGAUAUUUUCAUUGCUUAUCAACAAAAAGUUGAUAAGAACCACCAACAGAAAUAUGGUUGAAAUCUGUGAAGCUUAUGAAGAACCGACGUUAAUGGCAGAGAAGUAUAAAUAUAUUAAGAUAAACGUUAUGGGGUAUUUCGGUAUAGUGUAUUGCACUUGCUUAUUUUAUGUGGUCGAAGGAAUCCGGAAGGUAUAUGCUGGUUCCCACUUUGAGACUGUUGUUACUUACCCUCCAAGUUAUGUGGAUGAAUCACUUUUUGCUGGGUUAAUCCGGGUUUCCACUACUAUAGUUUUAUUAAUAAUGAUGAUAACCAUGAUAGUAGCAGUGGAUACCUUUACCAUGGCUUACUUGAUCAUGUUCAAGUACAAGUUCAUAACACUGAGACACUACCUCGAAAGAUUAGCUGAAGACUUUUAUAAAAUGAAUGAUGUUAAUCCAAGACUUGCUGCUGAUAAACUGACAGACGGGGUAGUGGAAGGAAUAAUUAUGCACAAGGAAUUGUUAAGAUUGGCAAAAGACAUCGAUCAAGCCUUUGGAACAGUGAUAGCUCUACAACUGUGCCUAAGCUCUGGUUCUGCAGUGACCCUGCUCCUCCAAAUUGCCCUAACUCCGAUGACAUUCGUGGCGAUUUUGAAAAAUAUACUCUUCGUCGUGUCACUCUUCUUUUUAUUGGGCUUAUUUUUGUGCAACGCCGGAGAAAUCACGUAUCAGGCGUCCCUGCUGCCCGACGCGUUGUUCUACUGCGGCUGGCACGCAUGCGUAUGGCAGCCCCCGCGGCGCAGUGUCAGGAGACUGGUCCUGCUGGCGUGUGCGCAGGCGCAGCAGCCGCUCGUCAUGAAGGCCUUCAAAAUGAUACAGCUCUCUUACGGCACUUUUCUGCAGGUGCUAAGAGGAACCUACUCUGUAUUUGCCUUAUUUUAUGCACAAACUAAAUAA